ACUAUAAUUUUAUUCUUAAGAAAAUAUUUGUAAAUUACGGAAAAAAAGUUAAUAUUUUUUUUACAGUCGGUAGCGGUAAUUUUUCUAUUAACCCCAGACAGAAUGAGCGGCGCUGGUGGCGGCUCUAGGGUUCCGAUCCCCAACAAUGUACAGAACACCAUCAAUGAAAUCAGAGAGAUCACCGGAAAUCACCACAGUUCCGAUGAAAUCUACGUCGUCCUUAAAGAAUGUUCUAUGGAUCCCAAGGAAACCGCUCAGAAGCUUCUCUAUUUAGAUACUUUUCAUGAGGUAAGAAGGAGACGCAAGAGGAGGAAGGAAGUAUUGAGUGGCAGGGUUUCUGAGGAGUCUAGAUCAAAACAACAUGGACAGGGGAGGGGGGCAAGAGGUGCUUCAGGGGGCUUUUCCUCAAAGUUUUUUGAUGGUGGUGGUGGGAGGAAGCUUGCUAUUCAAAGGGAAAAUGGAGUCCAUAUUGCAGAGAAAACUAAUGGUUCCUCUACUCAGUCAGAUUUACAGAAAAUAACUAAUACACCACCUCAAGCCUCAAGAGGUUCAGCUGUUGUACCCCAUAAUGCUGCAAAUCCAUGCAAUGGAAACUCUGGUCAUGGUUCUUCUAGCCAAUCUCUCAUAGGUAGUGUACUGAGCCUCCCUGAAACCAGUUCAGCUGCUAAUGACACUGUCAAUCAAGAAAAUAUCCAGCAUCAAGCUGUUGUUGCUGUUGCAGCAAUCACCUCCCCUAAAGAAACCGUCAGCUCAAUUACAAGUACUGACCAAGGAAAAUAUCUAUCAAGUUCUGAUCAAUGUCCGUCAAAUCAUGUUGAAGGAAACAAACUUGAAGAAGCCACUGGUUUAUCAGCAUCCAAGAAUGAAAAAUCUAGGUCAAUGAAUUCAACAAGCAACCCAAAUGCCAUACUAAAGUUAAAUGAAGUUGAAAGUAACUUGCUAUCUGAGCGACUCUCAUCCUCUUUAUCAUUGAAUAGCUCUUUGAGGCCACCUCAAGAUGUUUGUAAAAUAGCCAAUGUCACAGAAGUAUCAGCUUCAGAAGCUCAUGUGCAAUCAACUGAGGCGAGGCAACGUGUUACUUAUCCAAAACAUUUCCAAGUGCCAGAGGCUUUGAAAGGUGGUCUGACAUUUGGAAGCUUCGAUACUUUUGGUCCAAGUAAGAGAUCUUGUAGGGCAACUGGUUGUGACAAUUCUCCCACUCCUGAAACUUCUCCAGGGAAUGAUGAAGCUGUUACUUCUAGGUUUGUAAUCUAUACGAUAUUCAUGAUCCUCAAAGAUAUGGUUUGAAUUUAAAUCCUACCAUGUUAAGUUAUCUCGAUUAUGCAUUUUCUAUAACUGGUAAUGAUUCAAAGAUUGAUCAGAGACAAGCUGUUGCUGGGCCGCCCUCCUCAGCAGCCUCCACCCGCACAGUUCAAUCGGAGUUCUAAUUCUUAGGAUGGAAAACAUUUUCUGCAUACCAUAGUUAGUUUGUUUUUGAUUAAAAAUUAAAUGAGUCUAUUUAAAUAUCUAAUUCUUAGUACUAUUUAGAAAAUUUUAGGUUAGUAUGUUUAUUAAGUAGACUUUUUUUUAAUUCAUUAAUUUCAAAUUAAAAUUAACGACACUUUACUAUUGAAUGUCAUUUUCAAUUGUCAAAUAAAAGUAUUGACAUAAAUAAUAA